UGUUACCAACUCCAAACUACGUACGACCCCUUUUGUUACCAAAUCCAAACUACGCUCGAUCCCCUUUGUUACCAACUCCAAAUUACAAACGUCCCUCCCACCAUAGACCAACUUUCAUUCCCUCACCAACCUAUCCUGACAUUACCCCUGAAAUAGCUGAACACACCUAUCACAACACACGCACACAAAAACAAAACGCAAACAACACACAUGAACAGUGCACGCAACCCAGAAACAGAUCUAUGUCCUGCUAUCGCCAUCAACCACACAAGCACACGCACAGAACAAACCUACAGGCUACCCAAACUCAAUCGACCAAUGUGGACCAGUUGGACAAUGUCCAGUCUAGAAGUUCUUCACCCUGCGAUGCAAUACAUGAGCAAGUCUUAACUAGACCGACACAAGGUGAAACAAGGGAAGACGAUACGAUUUCUGGACAAGCAACAGCUUCAUUCAAUCUUUCUCCUCCAGCUAAUAACUCAACUAUAACAAUAGAACAACAAGCUUACAACACACAGCCACAUACAGAAACAACUCACACGCCCAAAGAAACGUCUUCUUCAUCCGUUCCCUACAUGGAUACACAUUCUAGACCUUGCAGUAAUGAAAAUCUGAACAAAAGCUCGUCCAACAACUAUGUGCCAGCAACAGUUCCUACAGAAACAAUUCAGGAAAAUAAUCUUUCACAAAAUGUCCUUCGGAAUAUUGCGGCCUAUCAAAUAGAAGCAGGAAAACAGAACUCUCCAGUUGAACAUAUUCUUUUGAGUCUUUUAGAUGGAGUGAUCUUAGCUGAAAACUCUCAAAGAAUCCAUAGACCUAAUAUUAUCAAUUUCAACAACAUCAUCAUGAACAACAACAUCAACAACAGCACCAACAACACCAACCACAGCACCAACAAUGUGAACGGAAAAAACGUUGUUGUAAGCGGCGAGAUCAACUUGAACGCUGCAGACACGGACGAGACCAACGAUGAGGACAGUGGAGAUGAAAGUCAAUGAACACAAGUCAAUGGUACUCAGAGACUUAAAGAACAUUUUCACGGGGAAUGUCACAAAUCAACGGAUCACAAACAUCUAUAAGACAUUAUUUAACAUUAAGACAUUGUUUUAAAGUUUUGUCAUGUAACUGAAACUAGACCAAUAGAUAACGAAAUAUAGUCGAAAUAUUGCAGUCAUUUUGACCCUUUUAAGAAACUAUUCACAGUACAUCUUGUCCACUCAUUUUGUUUAGGAAUUAUAUUGACAUGAUGUUUUUAAUUAUAUUGACAUGAUAUUUUUAAACUAUUUUGACAUGAUAUUUUUUGAACUAUAUUAACGAACAACAUCUUGACGCGCUGACAACACCACUUCCCAUUAACAUUAGCCAAGCCACAUUGUAAUGAUUUCGCCAAAUACUACUUCGUACUAAAAUGAAAUAAUUUACCUAGUUCUACGUAAAUAUGACUACACCUAAACACUACUUUAUAUUAAUUUCACUGCAUUAGUAAUUUCAU